AUGACAUUCAUUGACAGUUGGUCUAAUACCACCACCUUCUCCUCGAUCUUCCAUGAUUUGGAAUCAUCAAAUUUGAAUUAUGUUGAAAGACUUUGGUCAAGUUGGUAUUUAUAUUUCAAUAACGAUCUUUUUGCAACAGGUUUAUUAUUCUUUUUAACCCAUGAAUUGAUGUAUUUUGGUAGAUGUUUACCUUGGUUUAUAAUUGAUAGAAUGCCAUACUUUAGAAGAUGGAAAAUUCAACCAACUAAAUUACCUUCAAAUAAGGAACAAUGGGAAUGUUGUAAAACAGUAUUUAAACAACAUUUAAUUUUUGAAGCUUUACCAAUUUGGUUAUUCCAUCCAGUUUGUCAAAAUUUAAAUAUCUCCAUUGAUGUUCCAUUCCCUAAUUGGAAAAUCAUGACUGGUCAAAUUUUAAUAUUCUUCUUUGCUGAAGAUUUAUGGCAUUAUUCAUUCCAUAGAUUAUUCCAUUAUGGAAUCUUCUAUAAAUACAUUCAUAAGAUCCAUCAUAGAUAUGCUGCACCUUUUGGUUUUGCUGCUGAAUAUGCUCAUCCAGUUGAAAUUAUGGCCUUAGGUUUCGGUACUGUUGGAUUCCCUGUCAUUUAUGCUUAUGUCUCAUUACAUAAUCAACAAUUACCUCCACUCCACCUUUUCACCAUUUGUAUUUGGAUCACCCUUCGUUUAUUCCAAGCAGUUGAUUCUCAUUCAGGUUAUGAUUUCCCUUGGUCUUUGAAUAAAUUCUUACCUUUCUGGGCCGGUGCUGAACAUCACGAUCAACAUCAUCAUUACUUCAUUGGUAAUUAUGCUAGUUCAUUUACUUGGUGGGAUUGGGGUUUAGGUACUGAAUGUGGUCCUUUAGCUAAAAAGAGAAGACAAGAUAUGCAACAUAAAAAUGCUGAAAGAAAAGCUAGAUAA